UGUGUCAGAUCAUCACUCUCACUCCCCAACUAAUUGAGUCCUGAAAUUGGCCACUCAGAAAUGCUUCAUCACUUUCAGGCCUCAGGAAUCAGCCACAAGAUUCGCUGCGCUGUAGAGCCACCCCAAUCCCACUGCACCGAAAACUACUUCCAGUUCCCCCAUCCCAAACCCUCCAUUAUUUCCAUGGCCAAUAACAUAUCAUCACCAGUUUCGCAAUUGAAAUGCGGCGGCCGGACUGAGAACCAAGUAGAGAUGCCUAAAUCAAUUUCUGAUCCUCAGACACUGGAUCAAAAAUUGAUUCAGAAUAUGGCGUAUGAUGCUCUCGUUUGGAGCUCUCUUCAUGGCCUCGUCGUUGGAGACAAGGGUUCGCAGGAUUCAGGGAGAGUGCCUGGUGUGGGUCUGAUUCAUGCACCUAUAUCUUUGUUGCCUAUGCUGUUUCCAGAGAGUCACUGGAAACAAGCUUGUGAAGUGGCUCCCAUAUUCAAUGAACUAAUUGACCGUGUGAGCUUGGAUGCAAAAUUCUUACAGGAAUCACUUUCCAGGACCAAGAAAGUGGAUGCUUUUACAUCUAGGCUCCUAGAUAUUCAUGCUGCCAUGUUAGAUAUGAACAAGAAAGAGGAUAUACGCUUAGGAUUACAUCGAUCAGACUACAUGCUGGAUCAACAAACUAAUUUACUGCUCCAGAUAGAGAUCAACACAAUCUCUUCUUCAUUUCCUGGGCUGAGCUGUCUUGUUAGCGAGCUUCACAGGUUAAUUAAUAUUAAUGUUAAACUUUUCAGGACCUUGCUUCAUCAAUUUAAAGAUCAUCUUAGAUUAGAUCCAAAAAGGAUCCCACAAAACAAUGCUGUUGAUCAGUUUGCUGAAGCAAUAUCUAAAGCUUGGACCGAGUAUGAUAAUCCAAGGGCUGUGGUUAUGAUUGUUGUUCAAACCGAAGAAAGGAACAUGUACGAUCAGCAUUGGCUCUCCACUGUACUGCUGGAAAGAUAUCAAGUUAGAAGUAUUAGGAAGACCCUUGCAGAGAUUGAUGCAGAAGGGGAGCUUCUUGCAGAUGGAACUCUUGUUGUGGACGGUGAAGCAAUUGCUGUAGUUUAUUUCAGGGCUGGAUAUGCACCGACUGACUAUCCUUCAGACUCUGAAUGGAGUGCAAGAUUAUUGAUUGAAAAGUCCUGUGCUAUCAAAUGCCCUUCAAUUGGAUAUCAUUUAGCUGGUACCAAGAAGAUUCAACAGGAGUUGGCGAAACCGAAUCAGCUUGAAAGGUUUCUGGAAAACAAAGAUGACAUUGCGAAAGUGCGGAAAUGCUUUGCAGGGUUAUGGAGCCUUGAUGACUCAAGCAUUGUCAAGGAUGCAAUCGAGAGGCCUGGUUUAUAUGUCAUGAAGCCCCAAAGAGAAGGAGGAGGCAACAAUAUAUAUGGUGAUGAUGUUAGGGUGGCCUUGCAAAAAAUGACCAAGGAAGGCAGCGAGGAGGAAGAUGCAGCGUACAUUCUCAUGCAACGAAUAUUUCCAACCAUCUCCCCUGCAAUCUUGAUGCGACAAGGCAUUUCUCAUAACGAGCAUGUUGUGUCAGAACUCGGGAUUUAUUCUACAUAUUUGAGGAACAAGACGAAGGUGAUUGUGAAUAAUCAAAGUGGUUACUUAAUGCGGACCAAGGUUUCUUCCUCGGAUGAGGGUGGAGUGGCAGCAGGAUUUGCUGUUUUAGACAGCAUAUAUUUACUCUGAAUUUACUUCCUGUGAAAACGCCAAUGCUAAUUUUUCGACUCUCAGACCAAACCAGUGUUCCUCUGAGACUCAAGUACCGGAAACACCAACAUUGACGGCUGAUCGUAAUUAAGGGAAUUUAUGCCCUAUUUGCAGGUGAGGAAAGAACACAUCUUUUUUUCCUUACACCAUAACGAAUAAUUCGCCCUAUGUGAGGCUGUUCUUCGUAUGGAAACUAUUGAUUUCUUGGCAUUGGCAGUUCUUACACCUCAACAAUUUGUUUGAAUAUGAUACUAUUUGCAAAGGCAUGUACAAAAUUAAUAAAAUCAAACACAAGAUGUGUUCUUUAUGUUUUUUGUUUUAAAUGUUUUAAUUUUGAUA